AUAAUGUUUCUUUUACAGACUGUGUGUCCCAUGCACAUGCAAAAUCUUGCGGUAGUAUCAAAGGAUUUCGUGAGCGCUCCGUCUAGCUACAAUUAUUACGGCGACUUAGAAUUAUAUCAAAUAUCACAUCUUCCUUGUUUUUGGGGCCAUAAAGACAUUAAAUACAACAAUUCGUUGCUGAAUUUUUCAACGUGGAAUGAUGGAAAUAUGGCAGAUUUCAUUUUAAAAGAAUAUUUUAAGAGAGAAGUUACAAUUCAAACUAAAACCGUGUAUGAAAGAAUUCAGUAUGCGCACACAGAUACAAUGGACAUAAGAAUUAAUCUUAGAAUACCCGAAAUGCAAGUGAGAUACACUCCAAGCAUACUACAAGAGAUCAAAUGGGCGUGGCCGCAGUACCUAUCGAUUGUGGUCAUAUUCUACUGGCUCUUUAAUAAAGUAAAAACGUUUGUAUUCAGAAGACGGAUGUUUAUGGCUUGGGAAAUAAUACCCUGGAAAAUAUCAAAAUAAUUUAUCCUAGAAGAAAAUUAAAGCAAUGUAAUGCUUGAAGUAAUAACAAUCGAUUUGUGAAACUACAAAAUGAUUGGGACGUAGCCAAAGUCGACAAUAUAAUUUCAUUAUAAAAUGUUAUUAUUACCUUACCUUCCUUGAUCAUAAAUAAUAAAACAUUAACAAGGGUCUAAAUACUAGAAUAUGCAAUAAUUCUUUUUCUGUCUUGGGCUUGAAAAUGUUUACAAUUAUAUAAAUACCUACCUACUUAGAAAAUUCAUAAUUGUAUAUAAAAAGCUUGCUAAAUUAUCAGUGAGUGUUCAUAUCAUAUGUGUGAUAUGAUAAGUAAAGUAGGUAAUUAAAAUAAAGACUAAUUUAGCUUCUAUUUA